AUGAGAAGAUAUCUCGCCCCAACGGCCCCGCGCCAGCUUGAGAGAUUCCUGUCACCUACAACCGCUCUCCAUAGACGACAGGUCUCAACAGGACCACGCCGUACAGUUGCUCAGUACCUUGACUGGAAACCAGAAGCUGAAGUCAAAGAUGUCGUCGUCAACGGAUACGUUCGGUCUGUCAGGAACAUGAAAACAGAACAGUUCGUCAACGUUGGAGAUGGAUCAACACGGAAGCCCCUUCAGGCCAUGGUAUCGAGAAGCCAAGAUGAAAGCUCAAGUCUGCGAGUCGGUGCUGCAGUCCGCCUACAGGGCUCGUGGAUACCCUCCAAGACUGAGGGUCAGAGUCACGAGUUGAAAGUCGACCAUGUCCAGGUGCUCGGCCCUUCUGAUGCCAAGACAUUUCCCAUACAGAAAAAGUACCAGACUCCGGAAUUCCUCCGCACAAUGCCGCACCUUCGACCAAGGAUUCCACUCAACGCCAACAUUCUGCGCCUAAGAUCAGAGGCAGUCGCGACGUUGACUCAAUUCUUCGCCUCUCGAGACUUUGUUCAGACGCACCCGCCUAUCAUUACGUCCUCUGAUUGUGAGGGGGCCGGCGAAGUUUUCAAUGUCACUACAGGUCCAGCCGAGACAUCAUCCGCGGGCAACGAAAGCAGAAAGAAGCCUGAGUUGUUCUUCCGUUCGCCCAAGUAUCUCACCGUCUCUUCCCAACUCCACCUCGAGGCAUUGGCUCAGUCACUUGGCCAUGUGUGGACGCUCUCUCCAACGUUCAGGGCAGAGCAAAGCGAUACUACUCGGCACAUGAGCGAGUUCUACAUGCUGGAAGCCGAAAUGAGCUUUGUCGACGAGCUUGACGAGGUCAUGGAUCUGGUGGAGGAUAUGCUGCGCGGACUCGUCACGGGCUUGCACGGCACACGAGCUGCUCAGGAGCUGCGUGAACGGCGGCCUCCUGGUCAAACACGCACCGCCGAGGACGACCUGGUCUCGAUAGAAGAGGUGGAGCGCCGAUGGUCAGGAAUGAUGCAAAACCCAGCUUCAAGGUGGCCGCGCAUCACCUAUACCGACGCGAUCAAACUCCUCCAAGCAGAGGAAGACCGAUUCGAGCUCAAACCAACCUGGGAGGGAGGCCUGCAUUCGGAACACGAGAAGUUCCUCGCCAAAACCUUGGGUGCUACCGAUGAGGCCGGGGCGUACAUGCCUGUCUUCGUCACCCAUUACCCUCGCGAGAUCAAAGCCUUCUACAUGCGGAGAUCAGCAACACCGGGCGGUAGCUUCGACCCAGCCGGUGCUACAGUCGACUGCUUCGACUUGCUGGUGCCUGACUUAUGCGAGAUUGCGGGCGGUUCCAUGCGUGAGCAUCGCUUGACAGAGCUAUUGGAAACCAUGGAGGCUCGUGGUAUGGGCCCCCCAUCCGGCAAACAAGCACCCAACACCGCCGGUAAUCUGGAUUGGUAUGUUGACCUCCGCCGUUGGGGUUCCAACCCACAUGGAGGGUUCGGUUUGGGCUUCGACAGACUUCUAAGCUACCUCGUGGGCGUUCCAAACGUCAGAGACGUGGUGGCUUUCCCACGCUGGUUUGGUCGGUGCGACUGCUAA